AUGGUCUCCAUGGCAAUCAGAUGGUGGUACAGAAUGAGGCUGAAGAGGUCACGUGUCACGGGAUGCUGCUGCUUGCUUGCCUUAUCUGUGAUUGCUCUUACUAGCUACCCUCCGCCAUCGUUGAGCAGCUACAAGGGGUCAGAUAGCCAGUAUCUGUCUAUGGCUGACAAAAGUGUCCAGUCCAAGUGUCUGUGGAUGAACUUGACUACUUCUGUUGCCCGGCAAUCAUGGCGCUUCAGCCAUAGGAAAUGGCCCAGUCCUCAGCGGAGACAAAGCCCAUCGAAUUCCAACUCUGCUUGGAAGCAAAAGAGCAAGCCCGGCAACCGGGGCAGACGUAAGGCGAUGAAAGCAAAGAGAAAGUACAAAGGGCAGAUUCAGAAACAAAACCCUGCUGGAAAAUGUUCUGGACAGAGCAGAGGACCACGAUGCCAAGACUAUCUCCUCAAAACUAAGCAUGGAAACAAAAGAGAACUUGAUGGCCCCUUCAGAAGUGCAGGGAAUGGCUGUCGCUUCUAUCCUUGUACAAAGAAGGGGGUAGAGUGGAAAUCACAGAAGGCCCCCGUUUCCCUUUCUUCACAUUAUUAUGGAAAGAGGGGAGCUCUUUUAUAUCAGAAGAACUCUUCAGCAGGCCUGCGAGCUAUACCACAGGAGCAAUGCAAACCAGAUGUGCAGACAGCUGGCACGGAACACCAAUCCUCCAGUUUAAUCAAAGCUAUUAUCUCAGACAGGCAGUUCUUCCAGAGCAUGACAGGCACUCAGGGACUGAUGGAUAAUACUCCCUCUCAUACUCCAGAAAGGCAUUUUUGGGCCAGAAAAACCAAGGAGCUACAGAAAUCGGAAUGGUGCAAAGAGCCGCAAGACAGAGGUCUUCCUAGAAAACAUGAAGGUAGAUUGAGGUUUGGUGAGAAGAUCUUGCCUUGGUUCACUUUUGAUGAUGUGCAGAAGAUGAAGUUUCUGGCUAACGCUGCAGUUGUAAACAAAGCAAGAAUCCCUGCCCAUGGGCAAAUAUUGAGAGUCGCCCUUUCAUCCAGCCAAAAUGCCUUUACACAUGACCCACAAAGACUCUGUUUGAAUGAGCUAUGUGGCUUGAUCAAAAGGUCCAGUGACCUCUAUGAGGUUCUGGCUUUUCACUUGGACAGGGUGUUGGGACUGCAUCGGAGCCUGCCUAUGGUGGCCAGGAAGUUUGACAGUCACCUGCUGCCCUACAAAUAUACCAGUGGGGAAACCAGACCCAUUGUAUGGUGGGCACCUGAUAUACAGCACCUGAAUGAUUCCAACAAUGACCAGAACUCCUUUGCUCUGGGAUGGCAACAAUAUCAGGAGUUACUGAAGCAACGGUGUGGUAUGGAAGGUUCUAGAACUUCUCUUGGGAAAGCCCCAUGCCUAACUGUCCAGCACUCAGAAUGGUCCAAGUUGGCACUCUUUGACUUUCUUCUACAGGUCCAUGACCGCCUGGAUCGAUACUGCUGUGGCUUUCAGCCAGAUCCUUCUGAGCCCUGCGUUCAAGAAUUGCUUCAUGAGAAAUGCCGAAACCCCUCUGAGCUAGCCUUGGUUCAUAUCUUGAUUCGGAGGAGUAAGCCUUCUCGCUUAGUAUUUAUUGACAACGCAGGCAGGCCUCUCCACCCAGAAGCCAAAGUCAACUUCAGAUUGCUGCAAGGCAUCGAUGGGUUUCCUGAGACAGCUGUGACUGUGCUCAGGUCAGGAUGCUUACAAAACCUGCUGCUGCAGUCGCUGUAUGUGGAUAAAGAAUUCUGGGAAAGCCAGGGUGGAGUCGAGGGGCUCAGGUCCUGGCUUCAGACCCUAGACCGAAGAGGACAGAUUCUGCUACAGUAUAUUCAGAAGCACAACUUGACAGUCAUUAAAGAAUCAUGGCUUUAGACUUCUGACAAGGAGAGGGACACGCUUCCCUGCUGUGAAAAUGAACUUUCAGCCAUGGGGCUAGACCUCUGUGAGGAGUUGCCAGCAA